AUGCCAAAGCGACCCUACACUUCUGACGUCGGAACUGUCGAUUCCGAUCGCCGAGAUGAAGCACGUCGACGUCGAUUGAACGUUCAUAGCUCGUCCUCGGGGUCCUCUCAACCGCAGUCUCGUUCGCGAGGCUCUUCCACACCGUACGUCCCACGAUCUACUAGCACCAAUGGCCCCUCUUCGUCGAGCCAAACUAGUUCCGGACGACGGCAACUACCUUGGCAAACGACACCAGGCACUCAGAGUUCCCAGAGCAGAUCCAAGACUCAGAGAAGGCCAAGCACCCAGAGCAGACCGAGUACCCAGAGGACAACAAGCACUCACACAACACGUAGCAGUCAAAGCACCCAACCAACUUUGAGCAGCCACGCAAUUUCGAGCUCGCAGCAUCGUCCUCCGGAGCAUGUGCAGGCCAUCCAUGACACCCUGAACUGGCUCAGCACCCAGCCCGAUAUACUCGAGUCGGACGAUGAACCCGAGGUCAUUGACCUCACCCAGGCCGAUCCUGGCCCUGUCCUCGAAUUCUACGGGCACUUCGACGGCAAGAUUGUUGGUGUGCGAUACUACAACGGCGUAGCUUCUCCCGGUGAAGUGGUAGUCUGCAAGAGAGAGCCUCAGAACCAGUACGACCCCAAUGCCAUUCGUGUGGACAACGUUUUAGGCAGACAGAUUGGUCAUAUCCCGAAGACCGUUGCAGCUAAGCUAGCCCCUUACAUUCACAAGGGCGACCUUGUAAUUGAGGGCAUGCUUACUGGAGAGAAGGGGGCUUUCGACUGCCCCGUUCGACUCUACUUCUACGGCACGAGCGCGUCACUUCAACGAGCCAACCUUGAGGAACGGCUGAAGAAGGACAAGCUUGUUACAGCCACCCAACUCAAACAAACACGCAAGGCAAAUGAGGAGCAGAGAAAGAGACAGACACUCGAACUCAGGGGCAAUGGAACUCAUGGUUUCCCCAGCCAAACCCAAGAGCCGGAGCCUCGAAUUACAAUGGAGCAAUUGGCUAAAAUGAGCGAAAUCACCAAUUUCCGCUCCGGCGGCGAUAUGAUUAAGUCACUCGCCAUGAGUGAGGAGGACCUGGCCAACCUUCCAAUGGCUUCCCAGCCAGAGAAGCUGCGCGCGCAGUUGCUUCCAUAUCAGCUUCAGGGCCUUGCUUGGAUGAUCUCCAAGGAGAAUCCCAAAAUGCCUGCAAAGGGGUCUACCGACUCUGUACAGCUUUGGCAGCAUGCCGCUGACGGCCGGUACUACAACAUGGCAACGGGCUUCUACAACAAGUCUCCUCUCGAGUUAAUGUCAGGCGCCAUAUGUGCCGACGAUAUGGGCCUCGGAAAGACUAUUCAGAUCAUCAGUCUCAUCAUGACCGAAGGCCUGGGUACCGGCCCUACCCUCAUCGUUGCCCCCGUUGGUGUGAUGAGCAACUGGAAGCAGCAGAUCAGACGCCAUGUCCACGAGGAACAUCAACCAAAGAUCGUCAUGUAUCAUGGAAGCAAACGCAAAGAAUUUGCCAAAACGCUCCAGGACCACGAUGUGGUGAUUACUAGCUACGGAACCUUGUCCGAUGACGCUCUAGUAAAGACUCGCUGGAGAAGGGUAGUCCUUGAUGAAGGACACAGCAUUCGUAACGCCAAAGCCCAAGUAGCUCAGAAUGCUUGCAAAUUGGAGGCCAAGUCCAGAUGGGUACUCACAGGAACUCCAAUCAUCAACAGUGUCGAGGACCUUCAUUCCCUGGUCAAGUUUCUCCGCAUAACAGGCGGAAUUGAACAGCCAGAAAUCUUCAACACUGUUCUUACCAGGCCGCUUGCCAACGGGGAGCUCAAGGGAGAAGCUCUGUUGAGAGGUUUAAUGAGGGAUCUCUGCAUUCGCAGAAAGAAGGACAUGAAGUUUGUUGAUCUGAAGCUUCCAGAGAAGACCGAGCAAACUAUCCGUAUCGCCUUCUGGCCUGACGAGCAGAAGAAGUAUGAUGCUUUGCUGUCCGAAGCACAGGGAGUUCUUGAAGACUACCGGAGGCAGUCCAAGCGUUCACAGGGACAAUUUCAGGGAGUUCUCGAGAGGCUUCUACGUCUUCGACAAACUUGCAACCAUUGGGUUCUCUGCAAGAAACGCAUCACAGAGGUUCUCGAAUUUCUCGCAGAUAAAGAUGUGGUUGAUCUCACCGACGAAAACAAAGCCAUUCUGCAACAGGCACUUCAGCUCUACAUCGAGAGUCAAGAAGAGUGUCCUAUUUGCAUUGAUCCAUUGAACAACCCGGUGAUCACACAUUGCAAGCACGUCUUCUGUCGAGACUGUAUCGACAAGGUCAUUGAGGUUCAACAAAAGUGCCCCAUGUGCCGCGCUCCCCUCUCGGAAGACAAGCUUCUUGAACCAGCGCCCGAGCACUCGGCCACCCAGGACGAAGAGGAACUUGAAUCCGAGACCAAGAGCUCCAAGACCGAAGCUGUGCUGGCGCUCGUCAAAGGCGCCCUUGAGAAGGAAGGAAGCAAAGUCAUCAUCUUCUCCCAGUGGACCUCCUUCCUAACCAUUAUCCAACAUCAGCUGGACGAGGCUGGGUACACCUACACCCGUAUUGAUGGCAGCAUGAACACAGCUCAGCGCGACGCCGCCAUCCGUGCCUUGGACUAUGAUCCUAACACGCGCAUCCUGCUGGCCAGCUUGGGCGUCUGCAGCGUGGGCUUGAACCUGGUUUCAGCAAACACCGUCAUCCUCGCUGAUAGCUGGUGGGCGCCCGCCAUCGAGGAUCAAGCUGUUGAUCGUGUCCAUCGUCUUGGUCAGACCAAGGAGACGAAUGUCUAUAGACUUGUGAUGGAGAAUACGAUCGAAGAACGUGUUCUGGAUAUUCAGAAGGAGAAGAGAGAGCUGGUUGGCAAGGCUUUCCAGGAGAAGCAGGAUGGUAAGAAGAAGGUCAAGGAGACGAGGAUGGCUGAUAUUAUGAAGCUGCUUUCUUAGUAUCUGGAAUAUGGACGGUAGAGUAUAGUGAGGGAAGAUUUAUGAUGGCUAGGUGGAUAGAAGAGUAGCCGGUGCUCGUUUUGUGUGUUGUGAUUGUAUGGAUGUUUGUUGUGUUAGAUCUUAUGCAUCGCGGUACUGGAGAUUAACGUGUUAGGUUGGGGUGGACUACAACUUCUCAUAGUUACUAGCAUAUGGAAGGAAAGAGGCGGGUAAUGUGUGGUCAUUCUUGAAGCAUCGGCAGUUACUACGAUACUUCAUCUAGGAGGUUGUUAGAAACAACAUUGUAGGUUCAUGCACCAAGAUAUCGGAAAAGACAGAUUAGAGAAACGAUUUUCAUUGUAUCAAC